UUUUAGUUCAAUCAAAUAAAAAAUUAUGCUUUAUGAAAUUUUUAACGAUUUUGGUCACAAAAUGGGUUUAUCCCCUGAUCAAGUGAGGGCAGCUGCUGGUCUUCAGAUUAGUCUUGUGUUGGCCAUUAUUUUUCGAUAUUUAUUCAAUCACAAAAGAGUUUCUCCUUUUACUAGACAUUGGUUAUCAUUCUUAUGGGGAGUUGGACUUCUUUUUUUUUGCUUUAAAAGAGAAACAUUUCAUAUGUUAUUUUCUUCAUUUAUUGUUUAUAUUGUAAUAAAGUUUUCAAAAGAAUCUGUUGUACAUUGGUUGACUUUAUCAAGUUCCAUGAUGUAUCUCUCAGCCAUUCAUAUCAAUAGAAUGUACUAUGAAUCUGGAUAUGUCAUUGAAAUUUCUGGACCUUUGAUGUUGUUUGCCAUAAAAAGCAGUUACAUCGGCUGCAGCAUUUAUGAUGGAUAUAUGAAGAACAAGCAAGGUAAAGAACAGGUGAUGAGACCAACAUUAUUAGAAUAUUUAAGUUACAUUUUCAACUUUUCAUCUGUAAUUUGUGGACCGCCAUCAGAAUACCAAGACUACUGUGAUUUUAUAGAAGGAAAAGAGUUCAUUAAACACAAGACUAAGCAAAAUGAAAAGGAUCCUUCACCUAUUAUUCCUGCAUUAUCUAAAUUAAUACUAGGUUAUUUUAUGAUUGGUAUAUAUGGUUUAUUAUCAGCAAAGUUUGCUCCUAUCCAUUUAGGAGAUAAGCGCUGGAAAGAGUCAGAUUUAAUUUCAAUGUACAUGUUUGCCGAAAUGUCCUUAUUUCUGACAAAGAUAAAAUACUAUGGAGCUUUCUUUUCAGGGGAAGCUGUUAAUAAUGUGGCUGGGCUUGGUUUUCGAGGAUAUGAUGAUAACGGAAAACCCUGCUGGGACAUGUUAACCCCAGCUCAUCCAAUACGUCUUGAGUUGGCAAAAAAUAUUACUGAAAUGGUUGCAUCUUGGAACAUAUUAACAGCUCGCUGGCUAAAAAAGUGCAUUUACAACCGCAUAUCCUAUCAUCCAACUUUGUUUACAUGGUUUUUUUCUGCACUUUGGCACGGGUUUUAUCCAGGCUAUUACUUUUUCUUUAUCCCGAUGUGUAUUGGUUUAUAUAUUGGCAGAAAGUUGCGUCGCAGAGUAAGACCUUAUAUUUGCAAGUUCACAAAGUUGAAUUUAUUAUACGACAUUUUGACGUGGUUUUUAUCAAGAGUUUUAUUGACGUUUUACUCUGCUGCUUUUACUAUGAUGGACUUUGAAGCCACGUUACGAUUUUGGAGGUUUUUAUUCUAUAUUGGACAUUUGUUAUUAGCAGCUGGUAUAUUACUUGUAAUUAUACUUCCUGAAGCAUCUAAUAGCGAAUCAAAAUUGAAGGAGCAUAUUGAGUUAAACGGCUCUUCUAAAAAAGAUUAGAAAUAAUUCUUUAGUUUGUUUACGUUGUUUAUAAUUGCUUAGUUGUAUAUAUUUGUUAAACAUGUUAAUAAUGCUUAAUUAUUUGUUAAACAUGUUAAUAAUGUAAUUUGCUAAUAUUUGUUUGACAGGUUAAUCAUGAAGUUUCUGAAGUUUAACAAAUCAAAUUUUAAAAGUUAUAUUUUUGCAGAUUCUUUUAUAGUUUGUAUUUAAAUUGAGAAAAUUUAGAACUACGAGGUGUGAAGAUAUCUAUUUAUACAAAUACAAAUAAACCACAGGCUGGAAAUUUACCAUUGUCUUUGUUACGCUGGCGUAACAGAUUUGACGAAGGGUAAAUUUCUGGCAUAAUAUUUAAAGUAAUUAGAAUAUUUAAAUUGAAAAUAAAUAAAAAAUAAUGAAAUUUUUUAAUCAGACAGUUUUUUUUCAAUUUAAAUUUUUCGAUUAAACUAAAUUUAUUAAUUAUUAAAUAUUUUUCAAAUAACUGGAUUAAGAUGAUAGCACACUGUGUUUCUUUUUUCUCUGAAUUUUAAAAGUUUAAUUUUUAUGGAUGUUUUUCUUAGAAAAUAUUAUUGAAAGAAAAUUAAA